UCAUAUCCUGUUCUCCGUCUCUCUCACCUCCGUAUUGCAACCUCCAACGACAAUUUCUGACACACCCUCUCUUUCUCUCUCUCUCUCACUUCACUCUCCUCUGCUGCCUUUCUCUAACAUGAGCCUAGCCUACACUGCGCACCUCCGGCUAUGACUCCCGACCCUCUAACCAAACCUCGCCGCCUCUCCACCACCUGCCACCGCCACCCUUCAAAGCCCGUCACCGGCUUCUGCGCCUUGUGCUUGCAUGAACGCCUAGCUGUCCUUGAUUCCUCCGCCACAUCCGCCAGCACCUCCGGCGUAGGCGGCGGUAGAGCUAAGGGGACCAGUGGCCGGAUCAGAGCCGGCGAGGCGGAGCUCCGCCGUUGUCAGUCAUAUUCUGCGAGCAAAUGCGGAGGUUCUUACGGCGUAUCGGAGCCGCGGAGAAAGUCUUGCGAUGUUGGGGGUCGGAAUACACUGUGGCUUCUUUUCAACCUCGACGAUGAAGAGAAUGGUGUGAAAAGAGUUGAAUCGAAGAACUUAGGGUUUUCGGGAGUUACUGGUUGUUCGGCGUUCGAAUCUGAAGAGGUACAAAAUGGAUAUGAGAUAAGGGUUUCUGAAGAUGCGUUGGAGCAAAAUGUCAAUGCAAGCGAGCAGAGAGUCGAAGAAGAGGUUGAAGAAGAAGAAUUGAAGACGAUGAAAGAGCACAUAGAACUCGAAUGGAAGAGUCGAAAGCAGACCGGGAGGGAUUUGAAGAACAUUGCUGGAAGUUUCUUGGUCGCUGCGUCGAUUUUCAGCCAGAAAUUGCGGAAAUGGAGGCUAAAGCAGAGGCCGAACAACCGCCGUGGUGGCCGCGGCGACAGAGGAGGAGGAGAUUUAUCCCCGGCGGCGAAGUUAAAUGGGCGGAAGCUGAGGGAGACGCAGUCGGAGGUCGGAGAUUAUGGAUUCGGGCGGCGAUCUUGCGAUACAGACCCAAGGUUCUCAGUCGAUGCUUGUAGAAUUUCUUUAGAUGAUCCAAGGUUCUCAUUUGACGAACCUAGGGCUUCUUGGGAUGGGUAUAUGAUUGCGAGGACGAUUCCUAGGCUCGCGCCCAUGCUUUCUGCUAUUGAUAAUGUGAUGAUUCAACCUAUAAUGAACAAGUCUGAAUUUGGGAUAUCAGUUGAAGAUCAGAUGACUUCGAUAAUCGAAGAUGAGAUGACUUCUGGUGGAUCAGCUCAUACCAGGGAUUACUGCUCUGAUUCAUCGUCUUCUCAUAGGCAAAACAGUUUCGAUUGUUCAAGUUCAAGUAGAAGUUCAAAUAAGAAGACAGUGGUAGUAGAAGUUGAUGAAAUGAAAUCCAUUCCCAAUUCCCAUGUGUCUCCUUCAACCAUUGAUGUCUUCCACAGGAUGAAAUUUGUAGUUACAGACAGAGAUACAGGAAAUUCGAACUUUAAUUCGAUCAGAUUUGAUCAUUUGGAGAACCUUGAAUCUGCUUCCAAGGAUGCCAGUUCUGUUGCUGGUGGUGGGUACUUGAACCGGUUCAAGAAAUUUGGAAGGUGGCGAAAGGGGUGGAACAUUUUGGGUUCUAAACAUAGGCUCAGCGACACUAGAAAUGGUGAAGUAGACGGGAAUUUGAAUUGCCACCCACUUAGAGAUUGUGAAGCAAAACAGAGUGAGGAGGCCAAUGGGGCUUCGCUUGCUCGGAGUGGCAGUUGUGUUAGUGCUAGGAGUUAUGAUAAAAAGAUGGGGUCGUAUCACCGGUCAUUGAGUGUUGCUGAGGCCAGAGGCUAUGCUAAGAAGGGUAGAGAAGAAUCUGUUUUGGAGCGAAACCGGAGUGCUAGGUAUUCCCCAAGCAAUCUCGACAAUGGGCUAUUGCGGUUUCAUUUGACACCGUUGUGGAGCUAUAGAAGGAAAUCUGGAAGAAACAGACUAAAAAACUCGCAAUCCAUUGCCAGGAGUGUGUUGAGGUUGAACUGAGCUAAAGGUACUACACUGUUGGUGUUAUUCAUUGGAAUGUAAUCCUGUAAAGAUAUAUAUUUAUCUGUUUCUUUCAUGUUUGGACAAAUGCACAAAUAUUGUUACUUCUCUGCACUUAGAGCAUGCUUUUCUGUGAUGUAAUAAUGCAAGUUUUAACAUUUCUUGGCAACUGGUGUUUGACUAUGAGAAUUUUCAUGGCAGAGUGCGGUUUACAGUAUGCAUAAAUGAAACCGUUAUAACAUAUUUUUUGUUUGUGUUCAAA